AAGCAGUUGACAACGUGCGACUGAUCAACAAGAGGAUCGAGCCUCUAGGCAAAACCCACCGUCAACAUGCAUGCAGACGCCCAGUCUCUCAAAAUAUGUAUUCUCGGUGCGGGAAUGGGAGGGCUCACUUGCGCCCUUGGCCUAGCCCGUGCCGGCUUCAAAGACAUUACAGUCUUUGAGAUGGCAUCGAACUUGGGCUUCGUCGGAGCCGGGAUACAGAUGGCGCCUAACAUGGCACGCAUCCUGGAUCGACUAGGCGUCUGGGACGACAUUUUCAAGGAGGCAGUCGUGCUGAACGAGACGAGCAUCCGUCAAGGCGCCACGGACGCAGAACUUGGGCAUGUCGACUUGAAGUAUAUCAAGGAGACAUACGGAUAUCCGCACACUGUUGGGCACCGGUCGACCCUGGCAGGGGAGUUGUACAACGGGUGCAAACGGGAGUCGGACAACAUCAAGUUUGUAUUUGCAACGACUGCGGAGAACCUGAAAUUUGAACCGAAGCCUUCAUUCACGGCCGUACCUCGAAGUGGCGAGCCUUACCAGGUAGAAUGCGACAUCCUGUUGGGCGCCGACGGCGUCAAGUCGAAUACGCGCGUCGCUAUGCUUAAGGAGCUCAACGUGGAAGCCGAUGUCAAGGACACCAACCAAGCUGCGUAUCGGAUCAUGCUCACCCGAGAACAAAUGUCCUCGGAUCCGGAAUUGCUUGCCCUGAUCGAUGCAGACAAGGUGAUCCGAUGGAUUGGCGAGAAGCGGCACAUCAUCGCCUACCCGGUGUCGCGGAAGCAGAUCUACAACAUCUCGACCACACAGCCGGAUGUCAAUUUCGCAGCAGCCCCUUCGGCCACGUACACGACAAAGGCUUCGAAGAAGGCCAUGCUCGAGGUCUACGGAGAUUUCUGCCCGAUGAUCCAUCGAAUGCUGGAUCUCGUGCCCGAGGGUGAAGUCUGCGAGUGGAAGUUGCGAGUCCACGCGCCACUGCCGACGUGGGUGCAUGGCAGUGUGGCCCUGGUCGGUGAUGCCUGUCAUCCUACGCUACCACACAUGGCGCAAGGAGCAGCCCAAGCAAUCGAAGACGCCGGUGUCAUAUCAGUUGUGCUCGCCGCGCUCCCGUCGGGCGCUACGCCAGCGGAUAUCAACAAAGCAUUGAAGCUCUAUGAGAAAAUACGGAAAGAGCGGGCAGAGACGCUGGUCGAGUUGGCAGCCGCAAGUGGGCGAGCAAUGCACCUGGGCGAAGGAAAGGCGAAGGAGGAGCGAGAUAGGCAGUUCGCUGCGCUGAAGGCGGGUAAGGGGCCUGUCCCGGAUAAAUGGGCGGACGCCGAUGUACAGAAGAUGGUGUACGGGGUUGAUUGCAUGAAGAUUGCGGAGGAGAUGGUCAAGUCUGAAUUGAACGGUGCCUGAAGAGCAUUAGGACCUUUGUGAAUACUAGUGUUUUCUGAUAUCAUCGGGGUGUCUUGUAAACAAUGAAGUGUUACUUUAUAUAGUAGUCACCACCUUGGCCUUUGA